UCGAAGUGGAGUAAUCUCAGCCGGUGCGGGCCCACCGGCAUGACAAAACCUCAUAACAAGUGCUCGCAGUUACUGAGAAACCCCCGAAACUGACGUGAACACGAUGUCCUUUUUCAUAAAGUGUGUCGAGCUCUUGAACCUCAUGAAAUCUCGGACCGAGUACUUCACAUACUUGGAGUCAGGUCAAUUGAGACCCGGAAUGAGGUGUCCCAGGGAGCCCUCGAAGUACUCUAUCUUCGACGUGAGGCCCUCGGCGGAUUUCCACGCCUCGAGGAUCACCCACAAGGAGGUGGACCCCAUCGAGGUGUGCCUGAACAUUGACCCGGACUUCAUCACUCCCCAGACGACUGGAGAAAGUCUUGAGAGCCUCGUCGUUGGUAGCACCGAGGACAGGACACAGCAGACGUUGAUUCGCCACAGGGACACUCACCACGUCGAUGUGAUCGUCUUAGUGGACUGGGGGUCCACGGAGGACACUGUCACCAGGAAUAAUCGUCUGGUCGCUCUCAGGACGAUUUUGACUAAGAAAGACCAGGGGCACUCUCCCCCCAGGCAUCUGAUCCUCGAAGGGGGGUUCAGGGAGUGGCUCCUGACGUAUCCUGAAUUCACAACCAACUCGGAGGUGAUAGCUCCUGAGGACUGGACUCCAGAGAAACUUUCCCAGGCCGUGGAGGUCCCCAUAUAUUUCGAGGAGCCUUCACUAACCCUCCCAGAGUACCCAGACUACGAGCCUUCUCCUCAGGUCGACGUGACCCCCAGAAGACACAAGAUUGUGACGAAAGUCCUCGAGUUGCUCUCCGAACUCGAGGAACUGCUGAGGGAACAGAAGAAAAUGGAGCAACUGUCUGUGGCGAAGACUAAGGAGAUCUUGCAGAUGACGGAAACAAAUAUAGACUGCGGGCAAUCUUAUGGAGAUGAGGCUCGCAAACUCAACGAGCAGCUGAAGGAUGUAGUCAAGAGGAUUGGGGAGAAGGAGGUAGAGAUUAAGAAGGGGAUGGAGAAGAUUGGAAAGGAGAAGAUCCAUUGGAUGUUCGACGACAGGGUGAGGAAGGAGAAGAUUGAGCAGGAUAUAAAAAAUCUGAGGAGGCAGAUAGCUAGACUAGGGAAGAUGAAAACCAACUUGACAAUGCAAAUCAUAAGCAGGCCCCGGACGAAUGCAACGUUCGACAUCUCCGACAUUCGUCCCGCUUCCGAAGACAUCCCUCCAGCCUCCUCAACCCUCCAAGACUCAUCCCCCUUGCGACGUCCUGCACCGGAGCCCGGACUGUCCCAGGAAAAAUCCCCCCAGAUAUCCCUCGAAAAUACGCCCAUGGAGGUGGACCUCGAGCCCCCCUCCCAGCCCCCUCCAAAACACCCCCUCACCAGCAGAGAUGAGAUGCGAUCAGUUCGUGGAAAAACCCUCCCAGGCACCACUGGCCUCAAGAACCCCGAAAGCUACAUCUGCUACGCCAACAGCAUCAUCCAGUGCCUGAGUCACACGUCUCAAAUGAAGGACUACUUCGUCGAUAACUUCGAGAACGUUGAAGGGGAAGUCACUCAUAUUUUGCAUCGCGUGAUGAAAAUGCUGUGGAGUGGCCAAUACAAAUCCUUUUCCAUCGAAGUUCUGAGGGAAAAAGUUGGAGAACUGAAGCCCACCUUCAACAAUAAAAAUCACCAGGACGCUCAGGAGUUCCUGACGGAACUGCUGCAGAUUUUGCACGAGGAACUGAAGGAAGAAAAAUCUGCAGAGGAUGGUGGAAUGGUCAAGAGCCCUCAGGAGGCCAUGGAUAAUGUCCUGGACUGGAAGUACUCGAUCAUCUCCCGAACUUUUUACGCACAAACUCGUGCAUUUAUCAGGUGUGAAACAUGUGGAUCCAAAUCUGAGAAGAAGCAGGCUGAUUUCGACGCGUUCACCACUCUGAUUGUGUCUCUCCCAGAGGGUGACAGUCUUGAUUUGAAGGAGUGCAUUGAUAAUUCACUGGACCAGGUACAAUCGCGAGACUGUGCAGUGUGUGGUGGCACGCAGCCUGCGAGGGUCGUCCAGGAGUUCACUCAACUGCCACCUGUUUUGAUCGUGGCGCUCAAUCGCUUCAUGAAGACACCAGAUAAGGAUGAAAUUCGAAAGAAUGAGACUCCGGUGAGCUAUCCUACGAGCCUGGAGAUGUUUAUUGGGAAGAAAGACGACCCCGAGAAGAAAUGUACUAGGUAUGAACUGCAGGGAGUUUGUCGUCAUUCUGGGUCGCUGGCGCACGGACAUUACUACAGCUAUUGCAGACUUUUGGGGACCGAGAGUUGGUAUAAAUUCAACGAUUCAGUUGUUCAAUGCGUUGAACUGACGGAUGCGACUGCUGACAAGAAGGGGGCGUAUGUGCUUUUCUACAUAAAAUCUGAGAAUGCGCCAGGAACACCAUAGGUGAGCUGACAAUCGCAAAAAUGAAUUCGAGAACUUUCUGUAUUUUUUUUUAUGCAAGGCGAUUCAGUACUGAUUUUUGAGUUAGCUCAUGUGUUUUCUAAACCCAGCAAGACAUUGUCUAUUCUAAGAGGUGACGAGUAGACUUCUUCAUGUUUUACAUUACUUUCCUGUUUUUACGUGUUAUAACUUUUCGAUUCUUUACGAGUAUCGAAAAAGAGCAUAAAAAAUCAUAAAUAUUUCUUCGGUGGAAGCAAAAUAAUCAUUAAUGGAAAAACGAAUUUGCUUUCAUUUUUUUUAUUAGAAUAGAAGAAAUUGUGCAUUUUUUGCACAAAAAGUGUUUAGGUUUUUUUUAUUAUAGACUUCGAGAGUGAUAUUGUCGUUUUGUAAUUGAAACAGCGAAGUUGUGCACCACUUGUUUUCAAGAUCCGUGCGUAAUUGACAAGAAUAUCGAAUGUAACUCUGUAGCAAAGCGGUUAAACGGUUUAAGGGGUAACAGAAGUUUCCCAGAAAUUUCAAACAAAUUUCCUAUUCAAAGUUAUUUAUAUUUUUCGAACCCAAAGCGCAUUAAUGUUCAUCAACUACUCCUGGAGAUUAAUGUCUUUCGAUUUGUAAAAGUAUCGAUAACGUCCGGCAGGGAAUUUGUUAAAUUUUUUAAAAUUAGCGGCAAUAUGUUACCUCUCAAGUCGACUUGACCCUUAGCUGAGUCUUUGAGAAAUAUCUCUGAAUCUAAGGAAGAUAACGAAAUUUUUGUACUAAUCUUUUUUAUAGAUUGAAUUGAAGGCUACGGAAGAGGUCAUGACAAAAAUCUUGCCAUCUCCCUUAGAUUCCGAAUAUUCAUUGAAACUAUCCAAUAAUCAAAAUCGACUUAAACCGUUUUACCGCGUCGCUACUGGACUGUUGACGUCUCAUUUGAUAAUUUAUUACAGAAUUAUUGUUUACCAGGUUGAAUAUUUGUUUACUGUAGUAUUUAAUGACAAUCGUUUUGAUUAAAAAUUACUGAAAAUACUCGAAUAGAUGAAAAUGAUAAAAAUGGGAUCAAAGAACUGAAAUAGCUUGUAGGAUAGAAGA